AUGACCCUUCAAGAUCAGUUACAAGCAACAUUAGCAAAGAGACGACAUAUAUCCAAACUUCGCCAACUUGUGGUUAACCCAGCUCAUGCUAUCGACUUUUCGUCCAACGACUUUUUAGGCCUUUCUCACAGUCUGGUCUUUAGAGAAAAAUACCUGUCUGAGCUCUCUUCACUACCUACUAUUUUAGGAUCAACUGGAUCGCGUUUGUUGGAUGGCAACUCUGCCUACGUUGAAGAUUUGGAAAAAAGAAUUGCUCAGUUUCACAACAGCGAGACAGCUUUGAUCUUCAAUUCAGGGUUUGAUGCCAACGCUAGCUUGUUUAGCACCUUGCCUCAACCAGGUGAUAUCAUUCUGUAUGACCAACUUAUUCACGCCAGUGUACACGAAGGUAUGCGUCUCUCACGGGCCGCAAAAAGGAUUCCUUUCCUUCAUUCAAACGUCGAGGACUUUGAAAGAACACUGGUGGACGUGAUAAAGCAAUAUCCCGGAAAGAACGUGUUUAUUGCAUUGGAAACCGUGUAUUCUAUGGAUGGCGAUGUUGCUCCUCUCAGAGAAAUAGUUGAUGUAUUAAGACAAUAUUGGCCAAAUAGAGAAAAUGGAUACAUUAUCGUUGAUGAGGCACACGGAACAGGUGUGUAUGGAACAUUAGGACGUGGCGUUGUUCACCAGCUGGGACUGGAGGACGAGAUCUUUGCUCGUUUACAUACAUUUGGAAAAGCACUGGCUAGUCAUGGAGCUGUCGUUCUUGGAUCAAGCAUUUUGCGGGAAUAUCUCAUUAACUAUGCUCGUCCACUCAUCUACUCUACAUUCAUGCCAUUCAACUGCUUGGCUUCAAUCAAAUGCGCUUAUGAUAUGUUGGAAAGUGGGCAAACAGCACCAAUUCAAGCACAUCUUCACCACAUCACGCAGAGGUUCAGAGAAACUAUCAAGUUGCCUAUAGGGACCUUACUACCAUCAUCAAGCCCAAUCCAAGGCGUUGUAUUGAAUGGUAAUGCACCAGUUAGAGCAUUGGCUGCUUAUUUAAAUGGAAAAGGGUUUAUCGUAAAACCUAUAUGUUCACCAACUGUGCCUAAAGGACAAGAAAGAGUGCGUAUAUGUCUUCAUGGCCACAAUACAACGGAAGAAGUAGAUAAUCUGGUGUCAGAGAUUCAUGCAUUCUUUCAGAUAAGCCCUUCACAACCUGAAGAAGCUAAGCUGUAA